CCGGGGCUGGGCAGCGGCCCGGCAGAGCGGGUGCAGCGAGAAGCCUGCCCGCCCCCGGGAGGGCGCCGCUGCCCUGCGCGCAGCCAGAGUGUUUCCAUAGGUCUUGGACCUAAUGAGGCAUUUUGACAACGAAGUGGGGACAAGCCCCUCCUGAAACCCAAGCUCAGCGAUGCCUUGGAACGUCAAAUGGCUGAACAGCUACAGCAGCUACAAUUCCCAGUCCCAAAAGCAAUGUAAGAAAUCCUCCUUCGCCUUUUACCAGGCAGUGAGGGACCUGCUGCCUGUGUGGCUUCUGGAGGACAUAAGAACAAUGGAGGCCUUUCACUGGGAGGAAGGCGGAAAGGUGAGCACCUAUUCUCCCUCUGAGGCUCUUCUCUAUGCCCUGGUGCACAAUCACCAACCUUAUGCUCAGUACCUACUGAAUAAGUUUCCUCAGAGCGCCCUGGCCAUACCCAGCCAAAACUUCAGCUGCUGCCAGUCAUCAGCUCCUCACCUGGCCAUGGCCGUUCGCUACAACCGGACCCACAUCCUCUUCAGAAUACUGAAAGCCAUCAGAGGCUUUCCAGAGAGAGAGAGAGCCAGCUACUUGGACCGCAGGGGAUGCAGUCGCGUGGAAGGCAGCAAAACUGUCUUGCAUGUGGCCUGUGAACUGUUGAGACCCGAAUGUUUGCUUCUAGUGCUGGGUCAUGGGGCAUCCCCCUGCUUAUGUGACUGCAAUGGGAAUACCCCUUUGGACAUCUUGCUCCAGCAGAUUUCUCAGACCCCAGCAGUUAACAUGUGCACCAAGCUCCUCUUGCUAGACUCCCUUUUCCUCUUCAUGCCUCAGGAACUCCAGUUUUCAAUGAAACAGCAACUGCUGGACAAUCACCAGCCCUGGCAGGAUCGUUUGGGAGAGAACAGAUUCCAGUGGCUGGCAGGUUUAACUCCUACAUCUCUGUUCAUCACGGCUAUGCGUGUCUUAAUCAGGAGCAUUCCACCUGAACAAUUCCCAGAGGCACUGGAAAAUCUGCCUUUGCCACAGUUUCUGAAGCCUUUAGGCUUGAAAUUGAAGAACUAGGGGACGUGCCCAAGAGCCUCCAGCUUGUGUGGUUUCGGCAGAUGUAGGCCAAUGCUCUUGUUUUAAUUAGAACAUGUUUUUAAAAGGAUUGUAUCUGGCACUUUACAUAUCUUUUUAUUUAAAGAUCAUUGUAGUGAGUAAUUUUCACACCACUUUUUAUAAAAGUAUUAUAUGGUAUGUGUAACUUAAGAUACAUAGGUGUAUAUAUUUAUAAACAGGUGUAAAUAAACCAGUGGCAGAUAUGACUGAAAAGGGGAAUCUAGUAAUUUAAAGUUCUGAUGUGACAUAUCCAUGUGAGAGUGGUAGAGAGAGGCCCUUUGGUUCUGUCCUACCUUUCGUUUAAACAUGGCACAAUUCUGGAACAAAACAAUUUAUUUUUACAAGUAUCCUGGUAGGAGUUGUGAGGGAAACAUUAUAUAUACAUACACACGCACACUAAGGCAUAGGUGAAAAAUUCUUGAUCUUGUACAAAAACGAAGGUAUUUUUAAAAGAAUCUAACUAAAUAAGGAUGGCAAGGAUAUACAUAUUAACAAAAAUGGCCAUGUGUAUGAAAACCAGAUUGUUUUCCCAUAAUGUUCUGUGUUCCCUUUGCCCUUCAGUGAAAUCAGAGGGGCCUAGCUGUCAUCUCUCUUUUUGCUGUGGAGGGAAUGGCCAAGAUUUGGUUAGAAGGAGGAAGGGGGUAAUACAUUAUGGUUUCAUCCUCCCUCAAUCCUGCAGAGGCACCUUCACGUGAACACUAUAUGUUUGAGGCGCUAUCGUCUUAGGGGAGUGGCUAGGAAAAGGAGGAGCAGAGCUGGACAGAGCCAUUCUCCUUGCUAUUGUCCUCCUACAAACCCACAGGGACUUUUUUGUGCAAACUGAUGUCUGCAUUCUGUCAUGUGGAUUCUUCUUUGUUGUCAUUCUCCAUCGCCACCCCAAACAUGUUGGCAUAAGUUGUUGAAAAGCCUAUGGCAUCCUUAGUCGCUGUGGGUAUUUAGGGAGCAGCUUGGAUGCACUGGACCUCCACCUGAAUAUCUUGACCCUCAGUUGA